AUGGCUCUCUGUUAUGCUGUCAGACAAUUAAAACUGGCCGGAACCAAGCGCAGCUUCUUUCAGCCAGAACUGGGGGCUGUUGCCUCGGCGAAAUGCGAUUCAGAAAAGCCUUGGCCGGCGGCACCUUGGCCCACAAGACAUCGCUUGCAGGCAGUCUGGCUCUCCUUUCCUCUGCCUCGGGCUCGGCGAGCAGUUGCCAUCCACUGGGCCUGUUCAAAGUCAGCGGCACAGAGGCUUUGGUACCUUCACUUUGAGAUCACAUGGAUCGGAGGACGCCCCGGCGACGCAAUUCGAGGCCAGCACAAGAGUUGA